CCUCUUUCUCUCUCCCUCUCUCUCUCUGAUAAAUCCACACCCUGUUUGAGAUGCAGACACCAGCAAAGACUUCCUUCACACACACCCACACACACACAAGCUCUCUCUCUCUCCUUCCCUGCUUGGAAACAGCCCUUUUGUAUCAUACGCUAGCAUGUCCGACAAGCCAGAUCUCACAGAGAUUGCAAGGUUUGACAAAACCAAGCUGAAGAAGACAGAGACAAAAGAGAAGAACCCUCUGCCCACUAAAGAGACUAUUGAACAGGAGAGAAAAGGAGAUACAAGCCCCUAACCUGAUGGAGAAGAGGAAGGCCAAGCACAACAGAUGCACCUUUGAUGGCACAUUAAAUAUUAACUAUUUAUGUUUUCUUUUUAAAUUUUAAGGGUAUUACUGCCCCUUGUGAUGCAUGGUUACUAUGGUAAAGUCACCUUCAAAAAACAAGUGUGACAGGAUAGUGCUUGAACAUGGAUCUUUAAACAAAUUUAAUUAAUAGCAACUUUCUUAAAAAAAAUGUUCACAAAAUAAAGGCAAAAUAUGAACUCACACAGCGCAAUAUGUGGUGACAAAUUCUUAAAACCCACAGUAGUAAAAUGUGUCAGUAAUGUUCUUAAAUUUUUUUAUGAACUAAUAGACUUGGAAAUGUGAUAUGACAACACUUUAUGACUUUUUUUGCUAUUUUGGUUGAGUUUGUUAGUCAUCUAGUCUUAGAGCCUGCCUAGAUAGGAAAUAAGUAAAAACAAACCGUUAUACUGAGUGUAACAGCUAUUAUAGUAGUAAGCUGCAGCUGUGUUAUAAAUUGCCAAAGCAUCACACAAACAAUCUACAAUGAACUGUACAAUACAUGUUUCCAGUAGAUAUUACAAUGGGCCGUUUUGCCUGUGAAUAUUGCAUUUGUUGAUAAAAAGCACAAGUUAACAUAAAGACCAUAGAGCUGUCAAUGGGACAAAAUUUGAAGACAAAAUCGGAAAUUCUGAGCCACUGCAUAAGCACUGGACAUAGCCACUUAAAUGACAAAAUAAAAAUAAAGAAUAUGGUCUGUCAAUGAAAACAGAAAAAGUUAAUGGCAAACAUUGUGAGAAUGUUAUGAAGGAAACCCCUAAAACAACAAUCAACAGUAAAAUCACCAACAACCUCCACAGAGCAGGGGUGAAAGUAUCACAAUCUACUUUUAACAUAGACUAAUAUAGUUUUUAUAUUAUAGACCAGGGGUAUUCAAUUAAAAUUCCAAGAGGUCCAGUUACUAAAAUUUCCUCCCAGCAAAGGUCCGAAUCUUAUA